AUGGCUGGCGCUGGCAAGUCGUUGGGGCCCAAAGAGGCGGGCUUCCUGGACGUGGCAACCUAUACCCUCGCGGGGAUCCUCCUCUUCUUCCUGGUGGUGUCCCUCACCUUUGAGCGGAGCACGCAAUGGCUCAUGCGAUACCUGAAGAAGCGGAAGCGCAAUGGGCUGGCGCAAGCUGUAUCCAACCUGGUGCUGGAGCUGACGCUUGUGGGCCUGGUGUCGCUGCUGCUCAUCGUUCUGCAAGACCCCAUCGCCAACAUCUGCGUGCCAUACUCGUCGAGCACGAUACAGCAAUGGAGCUUGAUAGGCAACGUGCCGGGCUGCGACUGCUGCCUGGAGGACACAGACACCGUGGGCUCCUGCUUCUUGGCGAGCCGCCAGUGCGGCGACGACUUCUGCAACUGUGGCGGCAAGAAUGCAUCCUGCCUGGCGGAGGAGCCGUCCCUGCAAGACCUGCUGCAGGAGUGGAGCAACAGCUCGGGCUGCACCCCCACAGAGUGCAGCCUGGAGUACCUGCAGCGCGCGGCGGAGACGCCGCAGGCGGAGGCCGCGCGAGACGCGCUGAAGCUGGAGUGCGAUGGUGAGCGGGGCAGGCCGGCCAGCGCUGAGGGCACGCCGUGUGCUGCUGGGUGCUGUGCACCCCUGUGCUGCUUGGAAGUCCACAUCUUCAUCUUUACGGCGGCCAUGACCCACGUCUUCAUGGGCAUCCUCAUGAUCCUGCUGUCCACCUGGCGCCUGCGCUCCUGGCGCCGCCUUUGCGGGGACGAGGACGAGCAUGCGCGCGGAGUGCGCAAGCUGCUGGACCGAUCGACGACGCCCGAGGUGCAGCCCGCUCCCACGGGCUGGCAGCGCCUCAUGAACUCGCGCCUGCUGCGGCGUCACACGAUGCCUACGUCCCGCAGCCGCGGCGCGGCCUCCUCGCCGCCCGCCGGUGCUGGGUCCCCGGCCACCACCCCUGCCUCGCCAACUGCCGCUGCUGCGGCUGCUGCUGAGAACGGGGCCGCAGCUCCAGCCGCUGCCUUCAAGGAGGACCAGCCAGCUCCGCCGCCGGCCCGAGGUCACAGCAUGCCCGCCCUCGUUGCGGCGGCGGUGGCGGCCUCCAAGCAGGCAGAGGGCGGCGCCGCCUCCGACAAGCUCGAUCCCAGCGAGCACAGCCGUGGCAGCGAUCAGCUGGCGGUAGCAGAGGCCGCGGCAGAGCGGGGCCAGCAGACGGCGCAGCAGCAGCAGCCGCCGUCGGACAGCACGGGCGGCGAGCCAGGGCAGAAUGGCAGCAGCAGAGUGGCCAUCCUGGCUCCAGUGGCCUCCAAAGAAAUGGAUGGGUCGACCUCCAUCAAGAGGGGCGACUAUGCCGGCUGGGCCCAGGAGUACGCCAUCUGCCUGCUGCACAUGCUGCUGCCGCGCCCCGUGUCGGCCGAGCAGCUGCGCCUCAUGCGCGCCUCCUUCAUGCUCUCACACCGCGUGCCCGAGGGCUUCGACUUCUGGCUCUACAUCAAUCUGUCCAUGGAGGACGACUUCUCGCAGAUCGUGGGGGUGUCGCUGGAGAUGCACGUGUGCCGCGGCGCCAAGGUUAACCAGCUCAGCUCCCAGGUGUUUUGGUUCAACAAGCCCGCCCUGCUGCUGCACCCAAUCAAGUACCUCCUCUUCCUCUGCUCCUUCAUGUUUGCCUCGGCGGUGAGCAACCAGCGGGCUUGA